UAUUGUUCCAUGCCUAUGUCAUCCCCUCUCUCUCAUAUACUCUAAUCAAGAAUUGAAAACCAUGACCUUUGCAGCACAAUUGAAGCAGCCAUGCUCUUGAAUUCUCUCGUUAUGCAUUUAAAUAUAUCGGUAGCCAUACUUGUAGUGGCGAUAUCGAUAUCUACAUCUAAUGGCUCCUGCAAUCAGCUCGAUCGCGAUUCCUUAUCGUUGUUCAACCUUAGCAUCUCGGCCACACCUCCCCUCAACUGGUCUCUCUCCGCGGACUGCUGCAGCUGGGAAGGUGUUGGCUGCGAUGGCUCGAGCAGAGUUACCACUCUAUGGCUUCCUUCAAGAGGCCUAGUUGGAACCAUGUCGCCUUCGGUCAUCAACCUAACCACUCUGUCUCGCCUCAAUCUCUCUCGCAACGCCCUCUCUGGCCCUCUCCCGGAUGGAUUCUUCGCCUCACUCACCACCCUGCAGCUGAUCGAUUUGAGCCUCAAUCGCCUCUCAGGAGGCGCCUUCUCAGCCUCGGAAAAUCUGCCUAACACCACCACCACCUUCAACUUGUCCUGCAAUUCAUUCCAUGGCACAAUCAAAUCCUCGUUUCUUGACAAGGCGUUGAAACUGCAAGCCUUUGAUGUCAGCAACAACAGCUUCUCCGGAUCACUUCCAUCCUUCGUCUGCACCUCUUCACCCUCAAUAAAGCGCCUCGAUUUCUCCAACAAUCAAUUCUCAGAGCAGAUUCCUCCCGGUUUCGAACAGUGCUCAGAGCUGCUGAGCCUAAGAGCGGGCUUCAACAUCUUGUCUGGACAGAUCCCACAUGAUAUCUACAGUUUGUCGACGAUGCAAGAGCUCUACCUACCUAGAAACAAGCUCUCGGGAGCGAUCAAUCCGAGUAUAGCCAGCCUCAUCAACCUCAAGAUCCUCAACUUGUGUGGCAAUGAGCUGACAGGCGCUAUCAGUCAAGAUAUCGGGAGGCUGUCCAGCUUGGAACACCUGCAUCUCCACAUGAACCGCCUAAACGGAACCCUCCCAACAUCUAUUACAAGCUGCACAAGUCUGAUCACACUGAAUCUAAGGCUCAACUCUUUACAAGGUGAACUUUCCUCUUAUGAUUUCUCAAGGCUUGUGCACCUCAAAUCAGUUGACUUAGGCAACAAUCUAUUCAGAGGAACUUUGCCAGAGAGCCUCUUCAGCUGCCAAAAACUGACCGCGAUUCGACUAGCUUCUAACUAUCUCACUGGACAGAUUCUUCCAAGCUUAGUGUCCCUUCCAUCUUUGUCUUUCCUCUCUCUUUCACACAACAGCCUAACCAACAUCACAGCUGCCUUUACAAUCUUAAGAGAUUGCAAAAAGCUCACCACAUUAACCCUCUCAAAGAAUUUCAAAGGCGAAACACUUCCUAGCGAUGGCGAUGUGAGUUUGGUUGGCCUUGAUAAUCUCCGAGUUCUUGCCCUUGGUGCCUGCGGAUUCAGCGGCUCUUUUCCAUUCUGGCUGUCGAAGCUGCCUAAUCUCGAGGUUAUAGACUUAUCCUUCAAUUUUCUUACAGGAACAAUUCCUGGUUGGGUUGGGAGUUUUCAAGAGCUUUUCUACUUAGAUGUGUCAAAUAACAAACUAUCAGGAAACUUCCCUAUUGAACUCGCAACAAUGCAGAGGCUAGCAUUUCAGCAGAGCUCUCACCAAAUUGAUAGCAGCUAUUUAGAGCUGCCUGUCUUUGUCACACCUGACAAUGUCUCCAGUCAUCAAUACAAAAUCUACCAUCAACUCACAAGCUUGCCCACAGCUCUAUAUCUAGGGAAUAAUAGCUUAAACGGCGCAAUCCCUAACGCCAUCAGCCAGCUCAAGUUCAUCUUAGCCCUUGAUCUCAGCGGCAAUCAUUUCUCCGGUGAAAUCCCGGGUGCAAUGUCCAAUCUCACCAACUUGGAGAGACUAGACCUCUCGAGAAACCACUUCUCCGGCCAGAUCCCCUCAUCACUCCAAAACCUCCACUUCCUCUCCUUCUUCAGCGUCGCAGACAACAAUCUUGAAGGGCCAAUCCCCACAGGAGGACAGUUUGACACUUUCCCACCCUCAAGCUUCCAAGGAAACCCAGAGCUCUGCGGCCGUAUCUUGAAUAUUUCUUGCUCAGCCGCCGCACCAACGAAUAAUUCACCUCUGGCAAAAGGGACAGGGAAGAAGAAAGUGAUUGUACUAGUCCUUGCCAUAUGUUCAUCCAUUUUCACCAUCUCUUUACUUAUAUAUUGCUUCUUGGACAAGUGGUGGAGAAGGAUGGAUCAGAAACAAGGCCUUGAUCAGACAACAAGCAUCGACAUCGAGGCAAGAAGCACCGCAGAAAGCCUAGUCACAAUAUUCCCAAACAACAGCAACAACAAGAUAGACACUCUGUCCAUGUCUGAGAUCCUGGAAGCCACAGAGGACUUCAGCGAAUCCAACAUCAUCGGCACAGGAGGCUUCGGACUAGUAUACAAGGCAGUUCUCGAAAACGGGACGAAACUGGCGAUCAAGAGGCUCUCGGGAGACACAUGCCUCGUGGAGAGAGAGUUCCAAGCAGAGCUGGAAGUUCUCUCCACAUCCCAACACGAAAACCUUGUGUCUUUGAAGGGAUACUGCUUCCACGACGGCUACAGGCUGCUCAUAUAUCCGCUGAUGGAGAAUGGCAGCCUGGACUACUGGCUGCACGAGAAGCCAGGCGGCGCGGUCAGUCUGAGCUGGCCGCGCCGCCUGAAGAUCAUGGUGGGGGCCGGCAGCGGCGUGGCGUACAUGCACGAGAAAUGCAUAGUGCACAGAGAUGUUAAAUCCAGCAACAUUCUACUCGACCACAACUUGGAGGCACAUGUGGCGGAUUUCGGGCUGGCGAGGCUGAUACUGCCGUACAGGACGCAUGUGACGACGGAGGUGGUGGGGACGCUGGGGUACAUACCGCCGGAGUACGGGGGGUCGUGGGUGGCGACGCGGAGAGGGGAUGUGUACAGUUUCGGGGUGGUGAUGGUGGAGGUGGUGACGGGGAAGAGGCCGUUCUCGGUGAUGAAUCGGGAGGGGGAGAGGGAGGUGGUGAAGUGGGUGAUGGAGAUGAGGAGGGAGGGGAGGGUGGAGGCAGGGGAGGUGUUUGAUGCGGCGAUUAGAGAGGGGGGGUUUGAUGGAGAGAUGAGGAGAGUUGUGGAGAUUGCUUGUCUGUGUCUCAAUCACAAUGAUAUGGAGAGGCCAACCAUGAAUCAAGUUGUGGAUUGGCUUAAGGAUGUCGGGAGAUCAAGCUCACACCAUUGUAUUGCACGUUAAUGAUUGUCAAUUUUAUUGUUCACAUGCUAUAAUAUAGUACUCCCUCCGUCCCACAAAGAUUGUCUCAUUUUGACCGGACACGGGUUUCAAAAAAUGUAAUGAAAAAUGUCAAAAUGAGUUGAAAAAGUUAGUGGAA